AUGCAGUCCAACAUCCUCACCGUCCUCUCUUUCGUCGCCGCCGUCUCGGCCCACGGCAAGGUCACCUCGCCCACUCCCCGCCCCGCCGGUGAUGCCUUCAAGGAGGCCUGCGGCACCACCAUGUGGAACACCGAGCAGUCCGACCCGUACGGCAACAUCCAGGGCCUCGCCCAGCAGGCCGGCAACAGCCUCGACUCCUCCAAGUGCGAGCUCGCUCUCUGCAAGGGCUACAAGUUCGCCGACAACUCUGCCAACAUCCAGAGCUACACCCCCGGCCAGACCGUCGACUUCAAGGUCGAGAUCCGCGCUCCCCACACCGGUGUCGCCAACGUCUCCGUCGUCGACACCACCAGCAACUCCAUCAUCGGAUCUCCCCUGAUCUCCUUCACCAACUACGCCUCCACCAAGACCGGUGUCGCUGCCAACAACACCGCCUUCAGCGUCACCCUCCCCGACUCCCUCCCCUCCAACUGCGGCACCGCCGGCAACUGCGUUCUCCAGUGGUGGUGGGACUCUGCUGAGGCCGGCCAGACUUACAUGUCCUGUGUCGACUUCACCUCCGGUUCCGGCUCUGGCACUGGCUCUGGCUCUGGCUCUGCUACCCCCUCUGCCGCUCCCACCACCCUCGUGACCUCGGCCGUUGCCUCCGCUACUCCCUCCACCCCUGCCUCCGCUACUCCCUCCACCCCUGCCUCUGGCAGCUCCGACCAGGCCGCCGACCCCGUCUCCGCCACUCCCUCCGCUACCCCCUCUUCUUCCGCCCCUUGCAAGCGCAACGCCAAGCGGGCUCUUCGCAAGCGCUUCUAA